CAUUAGUACGUGCAGCUGACAGAAGAAGCAAAAGAGGCAGAAAAAAGGAGGGCAGUUAUUCGGCAGCAUGUUGGCUGAAGGUUUUCUCAGACUGUUGAUGUACAGGGAGGAGAGAAAGUUUGCCUCCAAAUCCAAGCAAAAGAGAUGGCAGACAAGCAGUCAUUGUGCUGAUCCAUUCAACUGUGCGCGCUCUGACUCCAGCUCUGCAGUCCCAGGGGUGCAUUCAGCGGAAACAGUGACAAAAGAGGAACAUCUAAACGUCACCCAACCCCAGAUUCUCAAAGUGGUGCCUCAGAGACCUGCAGCCCUCUCGAUCCCUACUGACCUGCACCCUGUUUAUGUCGAGGACUGUAGCCUGCUGGAACAGUAUCCAGACCUGCAGGUGGUUGACUCAGGUCGCAUCUCACACAACCUAAUGAGACCCUCUGUCAGCAACCCUGAUUUUCAUAUGCAGUCUCCUGUCUCUCAAGAUUGCCUUCAAUCAGAAUAUACAGCCCAGCAAGCACCACAAAAUUCAAUCCCAGCCAUACCAGACCAGGGUUAUCUAGUAAUGGGUGACAGUGUGAACAUCAGCCUGGAUCUGCCUGGUUCAGGUUUGGAGCCCAUGUCUAACUCGGUGCUGAACGGGCUGCUGGAGAAACAGCUGGAAGAGGUGUACAUGCAGCAUCUAACUGAAAACUUGGCUCGGUGCAAUUCCCACCUGGGGAACAGCCUCCUGCAUGGCCUGGUGCCUCCACCGCAGCCUGGCAGCGCGUCACAGGGGGCCGACUCAUUAUUGGACAGUCUGGAAGAAGACACAGAAGACGGCAGCAAGAAAAUUAGUUAUCUGAACACCCACAACUUAGUGCCCUGCUCAUCCAACUUCAGCUCCCCCAUGUUGAGGAUUUCAGAAGCAGAAAAUCCUCAUCCAUAAUGAUGAAAGCUUUAAAUGUAAUGGUCAGCUGGGUGUUUUUGCUUAUGCUGCUUCACACCCUAGUUUACAAAUACACAACUGUGAAAUGAACACAAGUGUUAUCCACUAUAUCAGUGCUAUUUUAAACAACGCCUUGUUCCCUUGCUUAAUGAAAAGAUGCCUGAAACUUAGCUGCUUUCAUAUGCCAUCUGCUGUUAGAUUUAUGUAUUACACCACCAUGGAACUACCUAUUAUUCAUUUCAAUGAACUUUA